AUGCGCAUGCUCUUCCUCUUGCUCGCCGCGCGCUCGGGAGCCGGAGUGGCGGGGUCGGAGCUGCUGCAACGGCGCGAGUGGCCGCGAGGGGUCGUGCUGGGGCUCUCUAGAGGGCGAGAUCACUACGCGGUGCUCGCGGCGGCGCACGGGGCAGCUUCAGCUGAAACAGAGCCUCAGCAGCGCCUUCAGGCAGUGCAGCACAACGCCAGUGGCCUCUCUGGAGCUAUGCGGCGGCUGGCGGGCCUGUGCGAUGGCGCCGAUCCGUGGGCUCGGGACGCGCAGUCGGCUCGUGUGCCGGUUGCCGAGUCAGCCUGGCUGGCGAGAAGCGCCAAGCCCAAGGCCUUCCCUGCAUUCUGGGCGCUGCCCAGAAGUGCGCAGUACCUUUGCUGCGCCGACGGGCGGCCUCGAUGCGGAUUGCCGCGAGUGGCGUGGGAGCCUCCAGUGGGGCGGUCGUUGGUCAACACCGCGGCGCGUGCGCGCCGCGGGUGCUGCACAACAAGCGGAGAGCAUGGGCGGGCGCUCGAUCGCGUUCCGGCGCCCAACUUUGACUAUCGAUUACCGCCGGAACCGGGGGCCGUCUUCCUCAACCAACCAAACUUCAUUACCGACUGCCGCGCUGAACCGACGGCACCCCCGCCGCCGACGGGGCCGCCACCGUAUGGACCCGCUCGGAAUAACCUGGGGGAUCCGGGACCGCCCCGCCGGAGGCUGACCCAUGAGACCAUCCUCACCGCGCUAUCGGGCGCCUCCACCGCCGCCCUCAGCCACGCCGCUACGACCGUCGGAGGCGUCAACUCCGCCGUCACAUGGUAUCAGCUCUGA